AUGUUCGCCCGCGCCGCCCGUCCGGCCCUCACCGUCGCCCGCUCUGCUCCCAUCAAGCAGCAGCAGGCCGGCAUGGCCACUCUCAAGGAGAUUGACCAGCGCCUCAAGUCGGUCAGGAACAUUGAGAAGAUCACCAAGUCGAUGAAGGUCGUCGCCUCGACCAAGCUUACCCGUGCUGAGCGUGCCAUGCGUGAGGCCAAGAAGUACGGCACCGCCUCGAACGAGCUCUUCAACGAGACCAAGGCCGAGGAGAACGUCGACGCCAAGGCCGAGAAGAAGAUCCUCUACCUCGCCAUGUCGUCGGACGGUGGUCUUUGCGGUGGUAUCCACUCGUCGGUCACCCGUGCUGUCAAGAAGCAGCUCCUCGAGCAGCCCGGCAAGAUUGCCAUUGUUGGUGACAAGCCCAAGGCCCAGAUCUCGCGUAUCGCUGCCGACUCGAUCGUUGUCUCGUUCUCUGCUAUCGGCAAGGACGUCCCCACCUUCGCCGAGGCCUCGGCCGUUGCCGACGAGCUCGUCAAGGCCGACGCCGAGUGGGACGAGGUCAAGAUCAUCUCGAACCACUACCUCUCGGCUAUCGCCUACGAGGCCCGUGAGACCACCGUCGUCUCGGCCGCUGCCCUUUCGGAGGCUGCCGGCUUCCAGGCCUACGAGAUGGAGGAGGAUGUCUCCAAGGACCUUGCCGAGUUCUCGCUCGCCAACGCCAUCUACGCUCUCCUCGUCGAGGGCCACGCUGCCGAGAUCUCGGCCCGUCGUACCGCCAUGGAGAACGCCUCGAACAACGCCAACGACAUGAUGGCGUCGCUCCAGCUCCAGUUCAACCGUGGUCGCCAGGCCGUCAUUACCAACGAGCUCAUCGACAUUAUCACCGGUGCCUCGGCCCUCUAA